GCCCUGGGCACGAUCGACAGGAUCUCCAUCUCCCUCAGGUCCUACUUCCUCACCGACUGCGACCCCGCGGCUGACGUGAUCCAGGAGGCGCCUCGGCUGUCCGUCUGGGCCCCCAUCCGACCACGCGUUGCUGGCGUGGCGGUUCGCUCCGAAGCGCCCGCCAACCAACUGGCUCUGCAGCGCCCCCAGCUUCGUCUACCGAGAGGUCGCGCCUCGCUGGGCUCCGUGGGCACAAAAGCGAUGUGGUUUCACAUCGCGGAUGUCGCGGGCACGUUGCCGGCGCUGGCCCGCAACGAGCAACGCGGGUGCUUUCGGCCGCCUGCCGGCUCCAAUGGGGCCCCUCGCCCCGCGACGGCGGCAGAGCUCGAGCGCGUGGCGUUGAGGGCAGUCUCGAGGGCUGCUCGGCGGCUUCGUGGUUUAUCUGACUUGGCGCAGCGCCUCCUGGACAUUGCUGACUGCGGCGUCGUCUGCGUCGUCGACCCGAACGCGUUCCGCGCCUGCGAGACCUCGGCCAACAGGAUGCGAUUCGACCUUG